UGAGGGGGUGCGAGCAAUCUUUUGCCACAGCGGACCACUGUCAAUAUUAAGCCGUUGAAGGCACUGUAAAUCACCUAUGUGGGUAAAGCGAUUGCAGAUUCCAGAGUGCUGUGAUGUCACUGCAGCCUCGCGCCUGAAACAAAUCCAGACUUGAAUGCCGACGCGAGCGCCAGAUGUUCAGUUUUCACAGCUCCGCAUGUACUUUUUCAUCUCAAUCCACUGCGCUACACUCUAUGGACUAGCAGGUAUGGCUGCGCGCCAAGGUAGGAGAGAGUUCAGUCAGUGCAGACAAGCCCGUCCUGACUGGAUUUUUUGGGGAGCUGUCUAAAUGCCACUUCACAACAGAGAUGGAGAACGCCUACGCGAGACACAGAAUGUUCCGGAUCUUCCCUGCGACUAAACCGUGAACUUUGAAAUGGAAACCACAUGCGUGGUGUCUGUAGAGGGGCAAAACGCGCAGCAGAUGCAGAGCAUGCCAGAAUCGCCAAAGAUGACCCUUUCAGCGCCCGUGGAAGUGACCGCGGACUGUGGUCAACACACAACGCCCCCGUCAGGCGACAUCCAUCAUCCUGGUGGAAAUAAUAACCCGAAACUGCGCGAGUCAACUCCAGAACACACCGAUGCCUUUAUUAAUACCCAAAGACAACGGGGAAAUACUGGUUCUAUCGAAGUGGACCAGCCGAGCUGUGGGAGUACCGGAGAUUCCUCGGAACUUUUUAACGGCAUAUCCAGCUCGAGCUCCUUCAGCCACUCCACGGACGAGGACCAGCCACCAGUGUCCGUUAUGAAUGGAUCUGAAAACACACUGUCGUCAUCGGAACAUGUGGAUUUAACUGCUAAUGGGGUGACAGAGGAAGACACUGACACCAAAAAGUUGAGUGAAUUGUGUACUGUACUUAACUCUACUAUGGAACAUGAUGAAAAUGUAGGCCACAGUGGCAUUGGAAAGCUGAGUGUCAUUUAUGUUGCAAACUGUACUUUGGACAAUGCCUACAAUGACAACCAUAAACGGGAUAUACCAGAUAUAAAGCUUAUUGGAGGGGCAGCGGAACUGGCUGGCUGCAGUGAAGUCGUUUCUGCCCCUAUGUCUGUGAAUGGCCAGGAUGCUGCCUGGCCUCUUGCACAGACACAGACACAGGUACUGACACAGACUCAGACACAGUCUCCUUAUCCUAUUCCAUCAGUAGUGGUGGCUAUGGACUGUUCCACUACUCACAGUGAUCCAGUCACCUCAGACGCCUCCAUUGUGGUCAGUGCUGUCAAUGCAUACAGUGACCUCAGUCCAAUGGACUGCUGCUCCACAACCACCCAAACUGAUACCAGAUCCAGUGUCUCCGUCAUUGCUGUUGCUGGUGCUGGUGCCGGUGCCGUUGCUGGUGACUGCAAUGUUGCCAGUUUUGUCAAUGGGUCAGAGGGGCUCAGGGCAAUGGACUGUUGCACUGCACAAAGUGACAGCAAUGUUGUGAUGUGUGAUGCCCCGAGUGUGGAGAUCCAGGUGUCAGUUGUUGUUACCGGUGCCUGUAAUGUUGCAGGUGUUGUCAAUGACUCCGCUGAGGGGUGUAGAGCAGUGGAUCUUGACUGCACCUCCAGUGUGAUGGAGGGCGAUGCCUCCUCCUCCAGUGUGGAGCGGGUGGUCCAGGGUGGUCUGGAGCUCCCCCGCAUCAUCAAGCACAAGCCCAGCUCCAUCACCUUCGCCGACUACGACGACUGCCCUCCGUGCGACACGGAGGAGGACCCCUCCCCACACCUCUCCCCACCGCCUCCUCUAACCAACGACAGCUCUGAUGGUGGCCGCGACUACUCCUCGUCCGACCUUGACGAUGCCGGUGACGGAGGUGGCGGUGGCGACGAGGAGGAUGAGGAUGAGGAAGAUGAGAAUAAUGGCAAUGAUGAUGAUGAUGAUGAUUAUGAGGAGGAGGAUGUGUUUCCAGAGCUCCCGCCACCCCUGCCUCUGCCCCUAUGCAGGGAGUAUGUAGUGAACCAGCAGCGGAGAGCCAGGGAGAAGGAGAGGGAGAGGGAGAGGGCCCAGAGGAGGUGUGCGGUGGGGGACAGCUGCGGAUCUCCAGAGGGCCCCCCCUCCACCACCUCUUGUUACCCCACCUGCCCCCCCUCCACCACCUCCUGCCCUUCUUGCUACCCCACCUGUUGCCCCCCUCCUGGCCCAACGGACGCUGAAGAGGAGACCAGCAGCCCCAAGGGCUCCCCUGCUCAGGUGCUGUCUCCGUGGUCUGCGUCCAUGUCCCAGCUCAUGCAGAAGCUGGACCAGCUGAACCUGGACAUAGAGGAGGCCCUCAGCGCCAGCUCCUCCCCCUCCGACACCCCCGCCUCCAUCCGCAGGCAAAACACCAACACCACCUCCAGCGCCCCCGCUGGCCACGGAGACACACAACAGAUGGCCACAAAGAGGAGGAAGCAAGGCACAGAGAUCGAAGCGAAGGAGGCGUGUGAUUGGUUGAGAGCGGCAGGAUUCCCCCAAUACGCACAGCUCUUCGAAGAUUCUCAGUUUCCUAUCGACAUUUCACCUGUGAAGAAAGAUCACGACUUUUUGGACAAAGACCUCGUAGAGCCUCUCUGCCGGCGGCUCAACACUCUAAACAAGUGUGCAUCUAUGAAGCUUGACGUGAACCUGCCGAAGAAGAAAUGUGAGGACUCCGACGAGGACGACCUGGUGGCCAUCAGCGACAAAUGGACCUUUGAGUGGAGCAGCCGGCGCUGGUCCCGACUGCAGGACAUCGACUGCCUCCUGGGGCCCGGGUCCGGCUCUGGUUCUGGAGAGGGCGUCCUCCACAGGACUGGUGGGGGUCUGGGGCUGGGGGGGCUCGACGGGUCGGGCAGCAGCAGUGGCGGCGGUGGCGGUGGUGGUGGUGGUGGUGGUGGUGAACCAGGAAGUGGCGGCCUGAGGGUUCUGCGGACGACCACCAGUAGUGAGAGUGUGCUAACGGACCUCAGCGAGCCGGAGGUGUCAUCGCUGCACAGUGAGAGCAGCGGACACAGCGGUGGGGACAACAGCCACCACCAGCAUCAGCAUCGGCUGCGUGGCACGCACAGUAGCGAGGACUCAGACUCUCGCAGCUUCUCACGACGCACCUGCUCGGACUCUGCCACUAUCAACGUCAUGCCCGACCCCACGUCCGUGGCACAGCCGCACGGGACGGCGCUACCGGCCGACGGUGGACAGGGCUACGAUGGCUCUCUGCCGGCGAAGGGGGAAGGGCGGGGCAAGCGGGCGCGGGUGAAGGACUUUGUGCGGCGCAUGGAGACGCUGAGGUCGCGCGGGGGCAGCGGAAGUAGCAGUAACCGCGACCGCGGUAGCCGUCCGCCAAUCAUCAGCGCCCCGGUCCUGCAGCAGGAGCCUCGGGCGCUGCAGACUCUGCGCUGUGUGGAGAUCGUGAACGGGGACCUGAGCGGGCCCGGCGCUGGCGGUGGACACGGACACGGGUUCGACUCAUCCCUGCCGCCGCCCCGCAUCCCACUGCUGACCAUCGCGCCCGUGUCCAGCAGCGAGGGCAGCAGCAGCCAAUCCAGCGGCAGCGCCGUGAGCACGCCCCGGAUGGCGGAGCGCCGGCCCCACCACCACCACCACCACCAUCAUGGCGGAGGGCGGUCGCCCACGGCAACCGGAGACCCCCGGCGUGGCGGCAUGUAUCUGGAAGACGCGGUGGACGCGCUGGUGGAACACAACCGUCGCAACGAGUUCCGCUCCUAUGAGGAUCUGGUGGUGCACAUCCCCAAGGACCACAAGCCCGGAACCUUCCCCAAAGCCUUGUCCAUCGAGAGCCUCUCGCCAACGCCCUCCAGCCUGCCUGGCAUGCCCGGUGGUGGUGGAGACUGGCACUCCAUAGGCAGGGCCAGCCCGGACGAGGUCCCUCACCCACCACCCUCUCCUCAACACCAGGACUACCAACACCACCACCACCUCCACCCCUACCACCACCAGACCCAGAUCCAGAGGGGGGGCCCCAGCAUCCGGGAGCGGGACCCGCGGCCCGUCACGCAGUGCUGCUCGCGGGGCAGCCGCAUCAGUGUGUACGACAACGUGCCGGGCUCGCACCUGUACGCCAGCACGGGCGACCUGAUGGACCUGGAGAAAGAGGAGGACCUGUUCCCUCAUCUGGACGACAUCCUGCAGCACGUCAGCGGCCUGCAGCAGAUUGUGGACCACUGGACCAAGAACGUGCUGCCGGUGGCCGAGGGGGGGACUAGUGGAGGAGGAGGAAGAGGAGGAGGAGGCGGAGGAGGAGAGGAGUGCGAUGAGGAGGACAGCGGAGGAGGAGGUGGAGCAAUGGGGAGGAGCAGUAGGAGGCAAGCAGACCUGCAGUCGUCCAGCCAGAUCACGCUGGACUUUGAGGGCAACUCGGUUCACGAGGGGCAGACGACGCCUAGCGACGGUGAUCGCGACGGAGUGUCACUGAACGAGGCGGAGUCGGGAGGCAUGAGGGAGAGGAGAGACUCCGGGGUGGGAGCCUCACUCACUAGGCCCAACAGGCUUCGGUGGCCGAGCUUCCAAAUCUCCAAUCGUCUGAGCCACUCCAUGGCCUCGCUGCAGAUCACCAACCAAUCAGCAGGCCAGAUGUGCCUGCUGCAGAAAUUCUCCUUGCUGCGCCUCACCGCCAUCAUGGAGAAGUAUUCGCUCUCCAACAAACACGGAUGGACCUGGUCGGUGCCCAAGUUCAUGAAGCGGAUGAAGGUUCCGGACUACAAGGAUAAGAACGUGUUCGGGGUUCCACUCAUAGUGCACGUGCAGAGGAUGGGCCAGCCCUUACCCCUCAGCCUACAGCAGGCUCUACGCUACCUCAGGAGCCAGUGUCUAGACCAGGUGGGUCUGUUUCGUAAGUCGGGGGUGAAGUCUCGCAUCCAGGCUCUGCGGCAGAUGAACGAAAACUCUCCGGACGAUGUGAGCUACGAGGACCAGUCUGCGUACGACGUGGCCGACAUGGUGAAGCAGUUCUUCAGGGACCUGCCCGAGCCCCUGCUCACCAGCAAGCUAGGGGAGACCUUCCUGCACAUAUACCAAUACGUCCCUAAAGAGCAGCGUCUGCAAGCGGUGCAGGCCGCCAUAAUGCUGAUGUCCGAUGAGAACCGCGAGGUGCUGCAGACGCUGCUGUGCUUCCUCAGUGAUGUCACUUCCUCUGUGGAGGAGAACCAGAUGACGCCCAAGAACAUCGCCGUGUGCCUGGCGCCCUCGCUCUUCCACCUCAACAUCCUCAAGAAGGAACACCUAUCGCCCAGAGCCAUGCAGAAGAAGUACGCCACAGGCCGGCCUGACCAGAAGGACCUGAAUGAAAACCUGGCCGCUACACAGGGCCUGGCACACAUGAUCAUGGAGUGCAACCGCCUCUUCGAGAUCCCCCACGAGAUGGUGACGCAGUCACGCAACUCGUACGUGGAGGCGGACCUGCACGCUCUGACCAUGGAGGAGCUCUUCAAGUCGCACGAGGAGGACGACGGCUCGCGCCAGACCCACCUGGAGCUCCGGCUGCAGGCCCUCCUGAAGGAGGCGCGCGACAAGGCCAAGGGAUGGGUCUCCUGCUCCAGCACCGACAACACAGAGCUGCACUACAAGAAGGUUGGCGAUGGCAACCCGCUGCGCCGCUGGCGCGUGUCGGUGGAGGUGGAGGCUCCCCCCUCGGUGGUGCUGAACCGCGUGCUGCGAGAGCGCCACCUAUGGGACGUGGACCUGCUGCAGUGGAAGAUCCGCGAGACCCUGGACAAGCAGACGGAGGUCUACCAGUACGCCCUCAACCGCAUGCCCCCCCACCCCAGCAGAGACUUCCUGGUGCUCAGGUCAUGGAGAACGGACCUUCCCAAAGGCACAUGCUCCCUGGUGUCUGUGUCUGUGGAGCAUGAGGACUGCCCCCUACUGGGCGGCGUGAGGGCCGUGGUGCUCGAGUCCAACUACCUUCUAGAACCCUGCGGAUCCGGCAAGUCCAGACUCACACACGUCUGCAGAGUCGACCUCAAAGGCCGGACUCCAGAGUGGUACAACAAGGCCUUCGGGCAUCUAUGUGCCGCAGAGGCUGCACGCAUACGGAACUCCUUCCAGCCAAUCAGCACAGAGGGACCCGAGACCAAGAUCUAAGGCCACCCGCGCCCAGUGUCGCAUCACAACUCAGCGCCAUACACAACACAACACAGUGGAACACAAUAUAGUACAGUACAACACAACGGAACACAGCACAACAUAAACCAACAGAAUGCAAUACAGCACAACACAACACACGCUGGAAACGGACACUCUGGAAACGAACACCCUCGAAAAAAAACAAUUUGUAGAGGAGAAGGGGUGUUAGCCAUCUCCUGUUCUGUGCCUAAAUGCUCUUAGGACCUGCAGGUUUCAUUUGCUUUCUUAGGGAGAUGGUGGAAUCGUUCACACACAAUACACUCUCCGUCUGGUGCUGGACACUACACAUAACUCACAGAAACACAUACUAGUACAGUACUACAUAUUCUGUACUCAACAUCAACUCAACACAUGCUGCUUGGUCUCUGCGGUACAGUGCAUGGCCUUAACUCAGUUUUCGCUCCAUGUGUCCUAAUAAUAUAUACAGUAAUUAUUUGACCGAAAGUAAUAAUAAUAACAUUAAUAAUAGCAACAACAACAUGUAAUAUAAUUAUUUUUAAAAUGUGGUUCUUAUACAAUGUAUAGGACAGUUUUGCUCUGUAAAGCUUCUGGGAAGUGAGUGUGUAUCAUUAUUAUUAUCGUAUUAUGAAUACAAAUCUAUGUUAUGUCUAAGUAUAUAUGCUGUUUGUGCACAUGGCUGUAUUAGGCCUAUGUCUGUCUGUGUGUAUGCUUACAUGCGUUCUGUAUAGGAUGUAUAUACUGUAUAUAUAUAUACUUCCACUGUUUUUCUUUCUUAUAAAUAUGUAUAUAUUUUCCCCAUGUAUUGUCUAUGUAUUGAUAUCUCGUUUUUACAUUGAUAUCAUCCUGACUCAUAUGUAUGGUACAAAACAUUACUGAUUUGUAAACUGGUUUUACGUAAUCUUAUUGGUGUAAUUUUAUUUUAUUUUAUUGUAAACAUUAUUGUGAGGUUUUUAAAUGUUGAAUGAACCCGGACAUGGGUUUGGCUUUGUUGCCAGACCUGCUCUUGUGUAGUAUUGGACUGUGUAGAUCAUGUGGUGAAAACCAUGUUUUUUAUUAAACUAUUAAAAACUGCU